AAAAAGAGGAGGAAGAGGAAAGAAGAGAAGAAAGAGCACCCACCGUGGAUACCGUGAUCGUUUCGAGGGAUGAGAGACGCACAGAAUGCGAGUAUGAGUCAAGGAGUCAAGAACGUCAAGGACGACGACCACGGCAAUCCGGGCAAGAAUUUGAGGUUCUGUCGCGUGCUGAGCGUCGCGCUGAGUGGAAUCAUCAGGCACAGCGCAAACAUCAACUUUCGAGAUCGUUGUUUAGCGCUUUCGCGAUCGAGCAACUCGUCCAGCGCGCAAGCUGCGUUCGCAGCCGAUUUGUUAUCGAUUGUAUCUCGCGACGACGCUCGGAAAAAAACAGACGGAGGACGAGACUGCGAGGGACACGAAAUCUUCGAUUAAGUUAAUCGGAAUUUAGUCGAGAUAACUGUGUUAAAUAAAACCGGUAAUCCAAUGAAUAAUUUUGUUUAUAUUUUGCAAAA